AUGAACAUGCUGAGGGUGCUUAACCUUCGUGACCAUGCGUUAGAGGCACUCGAACCAGAGACAAAAACGCCUAGUGAAGAAGAAGAAGAAGAAGAGGAAGCGGUGGAUACAAAAUCAAAGACUGCACUUGAGAUUGCAAAAGAACUGGCGGGGACCAGUGCGGAUAAGUGUGAAGCAGGAGCUACGGCGAACGCAAAAACGUAUACUGGGCUUGUGAUUCCUUUUGAAUACUCCACAACCUUUGACUGUGGAUCGCUGAUCCAGGGCCACUUUGCCGCAGGACUGAGCCAUAUACAAGAGUCAAACUUCGAUCCAGCGACUGGCACAUAUGACACAAGCAGUGCCCCCUUUGAUAAUUUAUCGGCCAGCAAUGUUGCCAACAUCAUGUGGAGCAAAAGCAAGACAGCGUCCUGUGCCGUCACGAAAAACUGCCAGGCCGGUCACAACGUUCUGUAUUGCCGUUUUGUAGAGUCAAUCACAUCGAAAGACAAGCCUUUCACGACUGAACUGUAUGAGGCUCUCUUGCAGCGGCAGGCGGGUUCAUCGUCCAUUGAACUUACCAGCAUUGCCACAGCAUUUUUCUGCGUUGCCUUCCUUUCGUUGAGUUAA